GAAGGUGAAAAAAAAUCUACAAAAGCAGGUACAGCAGGAAAAUAAAAUACUUCUUGUCUUUGGCUAGCUAGAUCGUUGCUUUUGUACUAGCUAAUAUAUGCAUUUUUAUGCAAUUGCGUGGAACUUGUUUGACGCCUCAAAUUCUAAAGUGACACGGCGAACAUAAUGAGAUGGUACCCUCUUUAAGGCCUAAGACGAACGCGGGUGAGGUUGCAGAUUGGAGUAUCAGUGUGCUUUAGGACCAUGCAGACGCCUUAGAGAGGUCGGGUAGGCUCUUUGGUGGUAUCAGCCAGCUGGAUUUAGGACCACGCCGACACCACAGAGCGUGCGGACAGGCUCUGUGAAGGAAAAGCUUCUGAAAGGCUGGCUUAUAGGACCGUCACUGGAGAGAUGAACAAAGGAUCAGAUUGUGACCGGGGUCUCAGCAGGAUCAAGAAACCAAGGAAGACCAGUCUGUGGUGCGUGAACCUGAAGAGUCAUCCCAGCUCAGGCACGCUGGAAGAUAACAUACCAAAUGGAACCAGAGAGGUUUGGUGCUUCCUCUGCUAUGAGCUACAUUAUGGAUCCAUCGUCCAGAGACGGGAUCAAAGGCUCAUUGAGGGGUAGCAGUGCUCCCCUCUCCACAGACACAGAUGGGGAUGUUGAUGGCGAUCCUGUGCAGCCCAGUGUGGACCUGGAACUCGCUCGUAAGAAGAAGGAGCUGGAGGUCAUAGAGGAAAAGAUAGCUCGCAAGAAAGCUGUUCUUGCUACACGACAGCUUAAACACGGAGCUAAGGACAUGCCUAAAAAACAGACUGCAUCCACAACAGUGAAGGGCAUCUCUAAACAGACCAAGAUAAACAAUACAAUAUUCAAAACAUACAACCAUGUCACCGACAAGUCGUCACGCGUAUGCCUACCUCUUAAACGGAGGGUGCUGGACAUUCUGAGUAAGUUCAGAAGAACACCAGUUCGGUACCUACUGCGUAAGCUGAAGAAACAAAACAAGAUGCGAGCAUUGGAGCUGAUGAUUAGAGCUCCCCUAGAAAAUGAAGAGGCCCAUCCUCUGAGACUGAGAGUGACGGCUUUAAUGAACCAAAGACGCUCUCCCAACAAUGAGGUAUUCCCUGAUGAUAAACAACAUAAUCCAACCAUUCAGAGGCCAGUUCACUCACUCAGGACACAGGAGAAAGACAUAGCAGCCACAGGCUUCCAGCGCUUCCUCAAUGUCCUCAAUGAAGGUGUGGACAUCAACAAGCUCUCAAAGAUCGUCAACGACGAAAAUGAGCUACUCAUUGUGGGCGAGGAGCUACCACAAGUUUGCCCGACUCUGCUCGAGGGUCAUGUUGACUCCAGCAGUAGAUCCAAGUCUUCUCCAGUUGAGGAGAAGGUGGUGAGGCUUGAGGAUGAGCAGCGGUACGAGCAGAUGCAGACCCUGCUGGAGAUCGUUGGGCUGGACUUGGGGGUUGAGGAGUUGGGUCGGCUGACAGACAGGACCAAUGAUAGGCUGUAUGGGAAGAUGGGAGACUUGAAAGGGAAGGAGUUUGAGAAUGAGAAGGGAAAAGAGAAAAAGGAGAGCGAGCCCUCAUUAAAACAUCUCGGCACUUCCACAUUACCAUCAGACAGCGCCAGCCCUAGCCCCCUUCUAAACCAGCACUCAAACAUGACCGUUGAAUACAGCAGCUCUAGUAACAGGGUAUGGGACAUAGAGACACACAGGGACAAAUCUGAGAGGGACUGGCACCAACACUCUGGUACCAGAGAUGAGGACAGAGAGAGGGAGGAGGAUAUAGUCAGAGAAAUGGAGAGAUCUGAAAGAGAUGGAGAGAGAGAUGGGCACAGAGAUCGGGACAGAGAGGACAGCGCCAGAGAAGGGGACAGUCCUACGAGAGGGAGAUACAGGAAAAGAUGCUCUAGUACCAGAGACAAGGACAGAGUCAGAGAAAGGGACAGAUCUGAGAGAAACCGAAAGGGAGACGGGCACAGACACUCUAGUACCAGAGAGCGAGACAAGGACAUACCGGUAGUCAGAGAAACGAACAGAUCAGAAAGGAACAGAGAUAAAGACGGGGACGGAGACCCAGAGAAGGACUGGGACGGAGGCCGAGAGAGAGACCGGGACAGAUCUAGGAGAGACGGGGGCAGAUACAGAUCUGAGAGAGACAGGGACAGAGACCCAGAAAAAGGCAGGGACGGAGGCCGAGAGAAAGCCCGGGACAGAGUGAGAGACCGGGACAGAUGCAGAUCUGAGAGAGAAAGAAACCGAGAUAUAGACAAGGAUAUAGAAAGGUGGCUGCAAAGGACCAGAGACAGAGACAAAAGCUCUAGGGCCAGAGACUGGGACAGCGAGAGCGACUGGAACAGCCACUCUAGUACUAGAGACUGGGACAGAGCGAGAUCUGAGAGGGAUUGGUAUGGGGAUGAGUCCAGGGAAAGCUCCAUUGAGCUCUACUCAUACUCCAUGGACCCUAUAUACCCUGUUUCUCAUCCUCAUCCAUUUAUGAUGGCAAACUACUCCCCCACCCAGUACUCUCAGUAUAUGACAUACCACAGCAAUCCCUACACCAUCGCCUUCCCUCCAGGGUGGGGUUAUCCACCUGGUACCAUGCCCGCUGGUAUUAUGCCCCCUGGUAACAUGCCGCCUGGUACCAUGCUUCCUGGUAUUAUGCUCCCUGUUACCAUGCCACCUGGAAUCAUGCCAGCUGGUGCCAUGCUGCCUAGUAACAAGCCCCUCCUACCUAACCCCCUGGGGAUCCACCCUACCCCAGCGCCCCCCCAUAUUACUCUUAUGGCACUGCAGCCUUAAACCAGACAUACGCAUACACCCAGCCUGCUAGCAACCUCCAGCUCUCAUCUACCCAGCCUGCUAGCAACCUCCAGCUCUCAUCUACCCAGCCUGCUAGCAACCUCCAGCUCUCAUAUACCCAACCUGCUAGCAACCUCCAGCUCACAUCUACCCAGCCUGCUGCUAGCAACCUCCAUCUCUCAUCUACCCAACCUGCUAGCAACCUCCAGCUCACAUCUACCCAGCCUGCUACUAGCAACCUCCAUCUCUCAUCUACCCAGCCUGCCAGCACUGCAGCAGUCUUGCCUGUCCUACGUAACCCCCCCAUUUGUCACAAGAAACUAGCUCCCUGGUAUAAAGAAAAGAACCAUGCCCUGAAGCAAGUUUGCAGACAAAUGGAACGGAAAUGGCGCUCCACCAAUUUGGAAGUCUUCCAACUAGCUUGGAAAGACAGUAAAAGGCAAUAUCGAAAAGCCCUCAAUGCUGCUCGAUUAGCCUACUUUUCCAACCAGAUUGAGGAGAAUAAAAACAAUCCAAAAUGUAUUUUAGAUACUGUUGAAAAGCUAACUAAAAAGCAGCAUUCCCCAAGUGAGGAUGGCCUUCACGUCACCUAAGCAGUUACAUCCUGCCUGGUUGGCCCUGUCUGGGGGUAUCUUCGGACUGGGCCACAUUGUCUAAGCACUGGGUUCUGUCUAAGCACUGACAUUUACUGGUGAAAAAGGCUUUAUAAAUACAUUCAUUUGAUUGGUUGAUCUUAACUCAGAGAUACACAUACAUACAACCCUCUAGCAACCACCAUCUCGCAUACACCCAGCCCUCUAGCAACUGCAAGAUGUAGUGAAAGUGUCCUGUCAGAUGGUGACAAAGAAGUCCCCCUCUGAACCAGGGUGAAUGAAGAAAGCAAAGGGGGUAAACAACAUAUUCUUCACAUGUAUUUUCAUGAAGAGUUAUCACAAUCAUAAGGCUCACCAGCACAAAAUAAAGUGACUGCUUGCAGAUGCGGCAGGGAAAGUGGCUCCUCAGGUGGCUGUAAAGGAUUUCCCCUUUGGAGAGGAGCCCAAGAUCCAGAAGGAGUAGCAAUGAUAGAUGGGGAGAAUCUACAUGCUGACACUGUAGAAGAAGUGGUCCCUAAGAAGCUAGAUGUGUAAUGACACUAGCAAAAGAUUUGUUAUAGUUUAACCUCAUCCUUAAAUGCUUCAUGUUGAAGCUAUUUUCAGUGUAAUGUUUUGUAUUGUAUGUGGUAUGGGUAGGGCCAGUGGUUUUUCUUUACUAUUAUAUCUGCUCAGCAAACGCAUUUUCUCUCCCGUUAUAAACCAAAUAAUAAGGGCGUGGCGUUUACUUGGUCUGGUCAUGUGGUCAGGAAAAACCCCUGGCCCUGGGCAUAGUACGUGUGUCAAUGCAAUGAAAAGACCAUUGAUGACAUGUUUGUAAGUUCUCAUGCCUGAUAGCUGAAAGCAAGAAAACUGCCCAUGUUUCAUUCCCCACUUCAGUCUAUAGAUCAACUUUUACUUUGUAUAUAUUUAAUUGAAUAAAAUAUUCUGUCUAAUA